AUGGAAAGUAAAACAAUUGGAAUACUAGGAGGUGGCCAAUUAGGUCGUAUGAUAGUAGAAGCAGCUCAUAGAUUAAACAUCAAAACAGUAAUCUUAGAUGCACCAAAUUCACCAGCAAAACAAAUAAAUGCAUUAGAUUCUCAUGUUGAUGGAUCAUUUACUGAUUAUGAAUCUAUAUUAAAAUUAGCUCAGAAAGUAGAUAUUAUAACUGUUGAAAUUGAACAUAUUGAUGUUGAUGCAUUGAAAAAAGUACAAUCACAAUUUCCUAACCUAGAGAUUUACCCUUUACCUGAAACUAUUAAAUUAAUUCAAGAUAAAUAUUUACAAAAAGAACAUUUAAUUUCUAAUAAAGUAUCAGUUAUAGAUUCACAACCAGUUGUUGAAAACACCAUUACAAAUUUGGAACAAAUUGGUGAAGAAUAUGGUUAUCCUUUUAUGUUAAAAUCAAGAACUUUAGCUUAUGACGGUAGAGGAAAUUUCGUUGUAAAAGAUAAAUCAACAAUUCCAAAAGCUUUAGAAUUUUUAUCAAAUCGUCCACUUUAUGCAGAAAAAUGGUGUCCAUUCACAAAAGAGUUAGCAGUAAUGGUAGUUAGAUCAAUGAAAGGUGAAGUAUUUGCAUAUCCAACAGUUGAAACAAUUCAUAAAAAUAAUAUAUGUCAUUUAGUAUAUGCACCAGCAAGAGUUACUGACACAAUAGCUAAAAAGGCAUCAUUAUUAGCUCAAAAUGCUGUAAAAUCUUUUCCUGGUUGUGGUAUAUUUGGAGUUGAAAUGUUUCUUUUAGAAAAUGGUGAAUUAUUAAUCAAUGAAAUUGCUCCAAGACCUCAUAAUUCAGGUCAUUAUACUAUUGACGCAUGUGUAACAUCACAAUUUGAAGCUCAUGUAAGAGCUGUGGCGGGUUUACCUAUGCCAAAGGGAUUCACUGAUUUUUCAACAACUAUAACAAAUGCAAUAAUGUUGAAUGUAUUAGGAGAUUCUAAAAUUCCAAAUAAAGAAUUAGAAAUAUGUAAAAGAUCUUUAGAAACUCCUCAUUCUUCAGUAUAUCUUUAUGGGAAAACUACAAGACCAGAAAGAAAAAUGGGUCAUAUAAAUAUAGUAACUUCAUCAAUGGAUGAUGCAGAAAAUAGAUUAUCAUAUAUAUUAGGUAAUUCAUCAACCAUACCAGAAUCUUUAACCACUCCAAAAGAACAACCAUUAGUAGGAAUAGUAAUGGGUUCAGAUUCAGAUUUACCAGUAAUGUCAGUAGGAGCAAGAAUAUUGAAAAACUUUGGUGUUCCCUUUGAAUUAACUAUAGUAAGUGCUCAUCGUACACCACAUAGAAUGUCACAAUAUGCAAUUGAAGCUCAUAAUCGUGGAUUAAAAUGUAUAAUAGCAGGAGCAGGUGGAGCUGCACAUUUACCAGGAAUGUUAGCAGCAAUGACUCCAUUACCAAUAAUAGGAGUUCCAGUAAAAGGAUCAACAUUAGAUGGUGUUGAUUCAUUACAUUCUAUAGUUCAAAUGCCAAGAGGUAUACCUGUUGCUACUGUUGCUAUAAAUAAUAGUACAAAUGCUGCUUUAUUAGCUAUUAGAAUUUUAGGAAGUUAUGAUAAUCAAUGGUUUGAUAAAAUGAGUAAAUAUAUGAGUGAUAUGGAACUGGAAGUUUUAAGUAAAGCUGAGACGUUGGAAGAAAUUGGAUAUGAAGAUUAUUUAACUGAUAAAUUGAAAAAAGCUUGA